UCCUCCAACCUUUUCACUCCUUUCAACUCUACUUCUACUUCUACUCAUUUCAUAACAAAAAAUGAAAAAUAUUUUGAAUAACCCAAAGAUUGAUGAUGAUCAUAUGCUACUCCUUUCGCAAUUGUACCCCGGAGUUUAUACACAAAUGCCUCCGCAACAAGGCGAGGGGAAGCCGCGGAGGAGGAGGAAGAAGAACAAGGGCGGCGGAGAAGCGGGAGCGUUGAAGAAGAGGAAAUUAAGUGAAGAACAAGUGAAUCUCUUAGAAUUGAAUUUUGGUAAUGAACAUAAGCUGGAGUCUGAAAGAAAAGAUAAGCUCGCUUUAGAACUCGGACUUGAUCCUCGUCAAGUUGCGGUCUGGUUUCAGAACCGGAGAGCUCGUUGGAAGAACAAGAAACUUGAAGAAGAAUAUAUUAAGUUGAAGACUGCACAUGAUAAUAAUGUUCUUGAGAAAUGUCGGCUUGAAUCUGAGGUGUUGAAGCUUCAAGAGCAACUAUGUGAUUCAAAUAAGGAGAUUCAACGACUGACUGACCGUGUGGAUGGAAUUUCGAGCAAUAGUCCAAGUUCAACAAUGUCAAUGGAGCCACCUUUUCUUGGAGAAUUUGGAAAUAUUAUUGAAGGAUAUGGAGAUGUUUUUUACAUGCCAGAAAAUAGUUACAACCAUGGCAUGGAAUGGGUUAAUCUGUAUAUGUAAUUAUGAAAUAAUAAUUUAGUAGUUUAAUUAGUAUAUUGUAGUAAUGUAGAUAGUAAUUAAGUAGUAACGAUCUAUUGUAAAUUAACUUUAUCUAUUUAGUGGAAUUAAGGGGCUGUAUUUUAACUAGAAA